CUUGAAGAUGCCUAAACCCUAAACCUUAUCCCGCCCAGCGAUGGCGGAGGAGCAAGCGUCCAAGGCGCAGGUGCUGGAGGUUGCGUGCGCCGAGCUUGCGAGCCUUCCUUCUUCACGGGCGGUCUUCGUGAAGCGAGGCAACAUUUUCUUCGCGUCUGAUACCAAGGCUGCUCUGGAAUCGCAUAAAAAGGAUCUUGCGACCAUCAAAGCUAGCACCCAGAAUCCUUCCACCAAGUGAAAGAAAACAGUAUGUCUGCUCUAGGCGCGUAUCCCCUCUCAAGCUCCUUCAGUAGCAACCUGGAAGUAGCAUGGCGAAGAAAAACUCCACCGAGAUCUCUGAAGCUCUCCCAGAGGAGAAUGCACGUCGUGUCGGUGUUUCCGAGCCAGACCAGCGAUCCUCCCGUGCCGAGCUCCGUCACCUACAAGCGCAGCGCCGUCCAGAGCCACUUCGAGUGCCAGACGACACUGGAGAACCUGGGACUCAAGCAGUUCUCGUCCAAGGUGUCGAGAACUCUCGCCACAUCCAUGGGAGUUUUGCCCGGCGGCGCCGACCCGGCAACCGCUACUCCAGUGGGAGUCUCAUACGACGUCACCAAAGAUAAAUCCGGAGACUUGAAGCUGAAUGGAAUCGUCAAGACUGCUGUUUGCGUGCUUUGUGACAGGUGUCUGGCUCCUCAUGCUACUCGAGUCUUCUCACCUUUCAGCGUUCUUCUAUCUCGGACUCCCGUGGAAGAGCCAACGGAGCCGUCCAUUGGUGUGGUGCUCGGCGAGGAGCCGGAGCCCGGCGAGCCCGUGCUGGACAUCGACCUGGACGACAAGUUCCACUUCCCGGACGAGGUCAAGGUGAUGGAUCUCUCGUCUUAUAUCCGUGACACUGUCCAUUUGGACGUCCCUUACUUCUCCAUUUGUAGCUCCAUCUGCAAGGGGCUGUGCACGCGCUGUGGCCUCAAUCUCAACACUUCCGAGUGUACUUGCCGUGACGAUUCCACGGACGACGACGAGGUCUUGGAGACCAAAUGAGGGAAAUCGUCGCUAGAAAAGUCGGAAGAAGAUCUGGAUCGAGAAAAACUGUCUAGAGCAAACGAUGUGGAGACCUUGAGCAUCAAACAAAGAGAAAUUUUUUUCGUGUUUGAUGUAAAAAUACGAUUUUUAUUUUUCUCUAUGCUUGUAGGUCGUAAAGCCGAGGAGAGGCAUGGAAGACGCCAGUUUGCCGGCGCUCACGCGCUGGAGCUUCCAGGACUUUAAGGAAGCAUAUAAAUCCCGUUUCAGGGGCUCUUCGAACCAGCAGCAGCAGCAAGAGCACGACAAGCCACCGCAGCUGGAGGAGGAUUCAGCGAUGGAUCAGCGAGCGACUGCGAUCUACGAGCAGUUCCUUCCAUCCAAGCCCAAGGCAACAACAGAUGAUGAGACUAAAUCCUCUCCAGAUCUUCCUCAUCGAUGGACUGCAAAGCCAAUGCCACACUUACUCUUUGGAGAAAUGCAAGAACUUGCUGACAGCAUUGUAAAGGAUAUCGUUCGAGGAAAUGUGGAUGUUAGAUGGGAUUCAAUCAAGGGACUCGAGAACGCAAAGAGACUUUUGAAAGAAGCGGUGGUCAUGCCUAUCAAAUAUCCCCAGUAUUUCACGGGCUUGCUAUCUCCAUGGAAAGGAAUUUUACUAUUCGGGCCUCCGGGCACUGGCAAGACUUUGCUCGCCAAAGCAGUGGCUACAGAGUGUAACACCACCUUCUUCAACAUUUCUGCGUCCACCAUCGUCAGCAAGUACCGCGGCGAUUCCGAAAAACUCGUGCGCAUGCUGUUCGAUCUAGCUCGCCACUACGCGCCGUCGACGAUUUUCUUGGACGAGAUCGAUGCUAUUAUCAGCCAGCGCGGGGAAGCCAACAGCGAGCACGAAGCUAGCCGCAGGCUCAAGACGGAGCUUCUUAUCCAGAUGGAUGGCUUGAUGCAAGCCAACGAUCUGGUGUUCGUCUUGGCAGCCACAAACAUCCCAUGGGAACUAGACGCGGCAAUGCUCCGGCGUCUCGAGAAACGCAUACUGGUGCCUUUGCCGGACGCGGAGGCUCGGAGGGCGAUGCUCGAGGAGCUGCUGCCAACGAGUAUGGGGGACGUGCCUUACGACGACAUGGUCGAGUCCACCGACGGGUACUCCGGCUCGGACGUGAGGCUGGUUUGCAAGGAGGCAGCGAUGAGGCCGCUGAGGCGAUUGAUGGAGGAGCUGGAGAGGAACGAAGCCGCGGGAGUGGAGUCGCAAGAUUUGGAGAUGGGGCCUGUGACCAAGGAAGACGCAAUGGUGGCACUCACGACGACUCGGCCAUCAGCUCUGGUUCAUGCGGGGCGCUACGAGAAAUUUGAUAACGACUUUGGAAGUCGCUGAAAUGUAUCAAUCUUUAUUUGUAACCACAAUAAACGUUAUACUAUGUUAAGGCA